GGAAUGAAAAACCUAACACACCAGAAAUGGCGGAGAAGUUGGCUGCAGAAGAGAGCUUCAACUCGAAGACUCUUCGCCAAACGACCACGAAGCUUGUCGUUUUGGCCGACCUCAACGUCGAUCCUCCCGAAGCCGACGACGACGAUUCCUCACUCCUCCCUCCGCCGCCGCCAGUUACCGCUUUGGCAAAUGAAGAAAACAGUCAAGAUAAGAGUUUGUUAUCCAAAGAGACUGAUAGCAAUGAAGGUGAAAGUAAAAAGUUAAACAAGCUGGGUAAAUGCCGCUCCAGACUUAGCAAGACAGAUUCUUCUCUUGAUUGUGGAGCUGAUGCAGAUGGUGAUCAACAUGUUCAAGGGCCUCCUUCAUAUCGGGAGGAAAAAGUUAGCAGUGUGAAGACUGGCUUGGUUCAUGUUGCAAGGAAGAUGCCCAAAAAUGCUCAUGCUCAUUUUAUACUUGGCUUGAUGUACCAAAGAUUAAGCCAACCUCAAAAGGCUGUGGCGGCUUAUGAGAAGGCAGAAGAGAUUUUGCUCAGGUCUGAAGCUGAGAUUGAUAGGCCAGAGUUGCUGUCCUUAGUUCAGAUUCACCAUGCACAGUGCCUGAUACUAGAAAGUUCAUCAGAAAAUAGUUCAGAUAAAGAACUUCAACCUCAUGAACUUGAAGAGAUUCUUUCUAAGCUGAAAGAGUCAGUGCAGUCAGAUAUCAGACAGACAGCUGUAUGGAACACACUGGGUUUUAUCCUUCUUAAAACUGGUCGUGUGCAGAGUGCUAUCUCAGUUUUGUCAUCAUUGUUGGCCAUAGCCCCAGAGAACUAUGAUUGCCUAGGAAAUCUUGGGAUAGCUUAUCUUCAAAUUGGGAAUUUGGAGUUAUCUGCAAAAUGUUUUCAAGAAUUGAUUCUAAAAGAUCAAAACCAUCCUGCAGCUUUGGUCAAUUAUGCUGCCCUUCUUUUGUGGAAAUAUGCUUCGGUUGUGGCAGGUCCUGGUGCAAGUGCUGCUGAUGGGGGCAUGGCUGAUCAGAUUAUGGCUGCUAAUGUUGCUAAGGAAUGUUUGUUGGCUGCAAUUAAAGCGGAUAGCAAAUCAGCCCAUGUUUGGGCAAAUCUUGCCUAUGCAUUUUCUAUUAGUGGUGAUCAUCGAAGUUCCAGCAAGUGCUUGGAGAAGGCAGCCAAACUGGAACCUAAUUGCAUGUCUACCCGAUAUGCUGUUGCUAUCCAUCGAAUAAAGGAGGCAGAAAGAUCUCAAGAUCCUAGUGAACUGCUUUCAUGUGCUGGAAAUGAGAUGGCUUCUAUAAUAAGAGAUGGUGAUUCAUCCCUGAUUGAGCUUCCAAUAGCAUGGGCCGGGCUUGCCAUGGUUCACAAGGCUCAGCAUGAGAUAGCGGCAGCAUAUGAAAGUGAACAGCAUGGGCUGAGAGAAGUUGAAGAACGUGCUGUUAGUAGUUUAAAGCAGGCUAUAGCAGAAGAUCCAGAUGAUGCUGUGCAGUGGCACCAACUUGGCGUUCAUAGCCUCUGUGCUCGGCAAUUCAAAACAUCACAAAAGUACCUCAAAGCUGCUGUAGCUUGUGACAAGGAUUGCAGCUAUGCAUGGUCUAACCUAGGAGUCUCACUUCAACUAUCAGAAGAACCAUCACAAGCUGAAGAAGUAUACAAGCAAGCAUUGUCCUUGGCAACAACUCAACAAGCACAUGCUAUAUUAUCCAACUUGGGAAUUCUCUAUCGCCAUCAGAAACAAUAUCAACGCGCGAAGGCUAUGUUUACUAAGUCACUUGAACUACAGCCUGGAUAUGCUCCUGCGUUCAACAAUCUUGGUCUUGUGUUUGUUGCUGAGGGUCUUCUGGAAGAGGCCAAGUAUUGUUUUGACAAAGCCAUCCAAUCAGAUCCAUUGCUGGAUGCAGCUAAGUCAAAUUUGAUUAAGGUGGUUACCAUGUCAAAGUUAUGCAAAGGCCUCUCCUCAUGCGCUCUUAAAGAAUGAUAUUGUAGUCCCUCAAGAAUAGGUAGUUUUUUGUUUUUUUUUUUGACUUUUUCUUCUGUUGUACAUCCAAUUCCAUUUAUAAAAAUGGAUAAAAGAGGAAUGCAUUUGUAUCAUUACGUGCUCUGAAAAUGAGCAAUUGAGUAUAUAUAUAUAUAUAUGUUUCUUUUUCUUUUGAA